GACAUGCAUUUCGACAGAUAUCAUAUUUUCUAAGGCACACCCGUUUUGUGCUAAAGGUAAACACAAUCCAACUAUUUAUUCAAGAAGUAUAUAAAAUACAAAAAACUUAUAGUUUUGCCAUUAGUUUCGAAAAAAAUAUCGGCGAAUAUGAAGUCAAAAUGGUUGUUGCUGUUGGUCGUGGUGGCCGUGACGUAUGUCGAAGCUGCUCCUGCUCCUUUGACACUUGACCCAGUUCUAAAUACAUUAGGCCUUGGUGGUGGUGGUUGUGAUGGCGGCCACGGUGGGGGUGGAGAUGGAGAUAAUGGGAACGGUGACGAAGGGGAAGGGGGAGACGAUAGAGGCACUGGAGUAGACAACCCUGGUGAUGAUGGUGAUGAUGGUGGAGAUGGCGGUGGUGACGAUGGAAACGAUGGUGGAGAUGGAGGAGACGGUGGAGAUGAUGGUGGAGACGAAGGAGAAGGAGGAGACGGCGGUGACGAUGGAGGAGAUGAUGGCGGAGACGAAGGAGAUGGAGGAGAUGGUGGUGACGAAGGAGAAGGCGGAGAUGGUGGAGACAAUGGAGAAGGCGGGGAUGAUGGUGGUGAAGGCGGGGAUGAUGGUGGUGAAGGGGGAGAUGGAGGAGAUCGGGAUGGAGAAGGCGGAGAUGGUGAUUGUGAAGGGGGAAAUGGCGGAGAUGAUGGAGACGGAGGAAAUGAUGGUGGAGACGGCGGAGAUGACGGAGGUGACCAAAGAGAAGGUGGAGCAAAUGGGGGAGAUGGAAAUUGCAGCAACUGCCAAAAAGGCAGGCCAGCUGCAGCCGCAGCAGCGGCAGCUGGCGGCGGUGCGGCCGUAGCAGCUGCCGGCGGUAGUGCGGCAGCCGCGGCGGCAGGCAGUGCUUAGCACUGAACCAAGUUUGAUUUUUUAAGUGAUAAAAUCUAAAAAAAUACAGUACACCGUUUUGCUUAUUUCAUUAAAUUAUAUACGUCGAUGUUGCACGAACAAAUCUAGUUUAAAUUUAGCACAAUGUCAUUUAAUUUUUCCCUAUGCUUUUAUAUUUGAUUAAACAAAGCCAUUUGAACGGUAUACACUUGUAAUGUUAACUACCCGUGUUUUUGUUUUAAUUCUGUAUUUUACUUUCCAAUAAAAAAAUGUGUUGCUGUGA